AAAACUGGGCUGUGUGAUUGGUGGAUCUAUUCUCACCAACACAGUGAGAAGAGGUUUAAAAAGUGUCCCAGCACAGCAUUCACUGCAAGCUGAAUGACAGCAAUGGCUCACCUGAAGUUCCUCCCACUCCUCCUGUGGGUUGGUUUCACGGUGUGCACAGAGGUGGAUUUGCACAAGAGAAUCUUUCACGAUCAUAGCUGUGAGAAAAAUGACAGUCUGUAUUACGUGCAAAUAAUUCAAACCAAUCGAACACAUUACAGUCAUCUAUGUGGCGGCUCUCUGAUCCACAGAGAGUGGGUUCUAACUGCAGCUCACUGUUGGAUAAAUGAGACUGGAUGGAAUAUGUCUGCAUAUGUAGGAAUUCAUCCCGGUCCAGGAAGAGAGGUGACAAUUACUGAUCACAAAAUCUUUGAGAACCAAACAGAAAAACAUGACAUCAUGCUUCUGAAAAUCAACCCACCAGAGAAUAAGAUUAAGCCUGUUGACUUACCUCAAUGUCCACAUCCCAAACAGAUGGAUGUCAUUCAGAUUGCAGGCCUUGGUGGUUAUAGGGUCAAUGCAACCUACCACAAACUCCCUGGUAAACCGCCUCAUCUCCAGUGUGCAAAGAUGCAUGUUGUUAAGUGUGGGCUUAACCUCACUCCAUGUAAUUCAACAUUAUUAUGGCCAAAUGGAAACACGAUGUGUUACAAAGAACCUCGAGUGGACACAUGUCCGGGUGAUUCUGGUGGUGGAGUGAUAUACAACAACACGAUUUAUGGUGUACAUGUUGGUGGUAAACAGUGUGCCUGUAAAGGACCAGCAACUUCUCUGAAGGUCUGCUCUUACAUUCAUUGGAUAAUGCCAUUCAUUACACCAAAUAAUGGAAAAUAAUAAAAUGAAAAUAACAUCCAGAAUAAAC